CAGCACAACCACACCCAAUUCACUCCGCACACCAUGGUAAACACGAGCCUGAAGCGGAGACACACAGAAGACCGCUUGCGCGGCAAGCUGCCGAAGAAGGACAAGCCAAAGAUCAAGCGCCAGAAAUACUACCACAGCUCCAGCGAGGACGAAUCUGAUGACGAGGGUGCUGCACGAGAUGCGCCGCGCGAAGUGAAGCGGCCGAAAGAGCCGUCGCCUGCGUUCGAACCAGAGGAAGGCACUGCAAAUGCUCUGCCGCUCAAAGAAAGGACUGCCUCUGCGCCUGCGGCUGUAGCCGCGCCCGUGUCCGCGCCCGCGCCCAAAAAGUCCGCCUUGAAAAAAACGGAGCCGCCCAAACCCGUGGAAGCCGGCGACGACUUCGACGAUAUCGCCUCCGGUGAAGAGGAAGAGGAAGAGGAGGGCUCGGAGCCAGAAGACGACGAGCCGGCCAUCGGCUCCGACGCCGACGACUCGGACGCUUCAGACGCUACCUCAAUAUCAGAGACGUCGACCAACAACCCCGCGCGCAAAGUGCGGAAACGAAACGACCCGGAGGCCUUCGCGACGUCCAUCUCCAAGAUCCUCAACACGAAGCUCACCUCGACCAAGCGCUCCGAGCCCAUCCUGUCGCGGUCCAAGUCGGCACAGGAAGCGAACAAGACGCUGUCCGACCAAAAGCUGACGCACAAGGCAAACAAGCAGUUGCUGGCGGAGAAGCGGGCGGUGCAGGAGAAGGGCCGCGUGAAGGACGUGCUAGGGCUGAACGACCCGAGCAUCAGCACGGCGGCGACGACGGCCAAGGAGAAGGAGCUGCGCAGGACGGCGCAGAAGGGUGUCAUCAAGCUGUUCAACGCGGUGCGCGCGGCCCAGGUCAAGGGCGAGCAGGCAGAGCGGGAGGCUCGCGAGAAGGGCGUGGUGGGUCUGGGCAAGCGUGAAGAGCAGGUCAAGGAGCUGAGCAAGCAGGGCUUCCUGGAUAUGAUUACUGGAGGCGCAAAGCAAAAAGAGGGAAGCGUCGAGGUGUAGGUUGCUUAUGAGCGAGGUUGGAGACUG